AGCUUUCUUCAAGGAGAUUUGCUCCAUGAAUUCCUCGUCCUUUGCCUACAAUCUGUCAAGCGCUGUGCCGACUCGGGACUCACUUAGCACGGCUGUGGCUAAAAAUGUGAUCGUCCUGGCUCUUGGCAUCACCAUCAACUACAUCAACGGCACUCUGAUUCACACUUUCAGAAAGCACCAGAUCUUUUAUGUGAAUCCUCGUUACAUCCUGUUCAUCCACUUGGUGUUGAAUGACAUGAUCCAGCUCACUGCAGCUAUCAGUCUGUUUUUAUUAAGUUAUGUCUUCUAUAAGAUCCAUGCUUCCCUCUGUUGCUUUAUCAUUACCUUUGCUAUCUUCACCACCCUUAACACUCCUUUAAAUCUGGCUGUGAUGGCAGUGGAGUGUUACAUAGCUGUUUGCUUCCCCCUGCAACACUCACGGCUCUGUACCGUUAAAAGAACAUAUGUGCUGAUUUGCUGUAUUUGGGCUGUGAGUGCAGUGUCCAUUCUGCCAGACAUCUUUAUUGUUCUAGCAACAGAGCCUGAAAGGUUAUUUUACUCCACCACAUUUUGUGAUAGGGAAAACAUGUUCAGACACCCAGCUAGUUUGCAGAAGAGAAAUAUUUCUUACCUGAUCUAUCUCGGUGGAGUAUGGCUCACCCUCCUCUACACCUACUUCAAGAUUUUCGUUGCUGCUAAAGCUGCUGAUUCAGCAGAUGGAAAUAUCAAAAAGGCCAGGAACACAAUCCUGCUUCAUGGCUUCCAGCUGCUGCUGAGCAUGUUAACAUUUGUGGCCCCCCUUUUUAAAUUAGCUUUAAUGAAAUGGUUCCCUCAAUAUUACAUACAAAUUCUCUUUGUUUGGUACAUCAUCACCCAGAUAGUUUCCCGUGCAGUGUCCAUUCUGACAGAUGUCUUUAUUGUUCUAGCAACAGACCCUGAACGGUUAUUUUACUCCACCAUAUUUUGUGAGAGGGAUAACCUGUUCAGACACCCAGCUAGUGUGCAGAAGAGAGAUAUUUCUUACCUGAUCUAUCUCUGUGGAGUCUGGCUCACCCUCCUCUACACCUACUUCAAGAUUUUCGUUGCUGCCAAAGCUGCUAAUGCAGCAGAUGGAAAUAUAAAAAAGGCCAGGAACACAGUCCUGCUUCAUGGCUUCCAGCUAUUGUUAAGUAUGCUCACUUUUUUAGCCCACCUUCUAAAAACUGCUUUGGUGAGCUGGUUCCCGAGAUAUUAUCUUCACGUACUCUAUGUUUGCCACAUCUUCAUUCAGAUUCUUCCCCGGUUUGUCAGUCCAAUAGUGUAUGGGCUAAGAGACAAGACAUUUAAGCAGUACUUGAAAAAUGGAGUUUGGCUCACCCUCCUCUACACCUACUUCAAGAUUUUCGUUGCUGCCAAAGCUGCUAAUUCAGCAGAUGGAAAAAUAAAAAAGGCCAGGAACACAAUCCUGCUUCAUGGCUUCCAGCUGCUGUUAAGUAUGCUCACUUUUGUAGCCCCCCAUUUAAAAAUAGCUUUCAUAAAGUGGUUUCCAAAACAUUUUUCCGAAAUACUCUUUGUUUCCUACAUCUUCAUUCAGAUUCUCCCCCGGUUUUUUAGUCCAAUCGUUUAUGGACUACGAGACAAGACACUUAAACAAUACUUGAGAAAUUAUGUCUUCUAUAAGAUCCAUGCUUCGCUCUGUUGCUUUAUUAUAACCUUUGCUAUCUUCACCACCCUCAACACUCCUUUAAAUCUGGCUGUGAUGGCAGUGGAGUGUUACAUAGCUGUUUGCUUCCCUCUGCAACACUCACGGCUCUGUACCGUUAAAAGAACAUAUGUGCUGAUUUGCUGUAUUUGGGCUGUGAGUGCAGUGUCCAUUCUUACAGACGUGUUUCUUGUUGUAGCAACAGAGCCUGAACGGUUAUUUUACUCCACCAUAUUUUGUGUGAGGGAUAACCUGUUCAGACACCCAGCUAUUGCGCAAAAAAGAGUUUUUUCCUAUCUGAUCUAUCUCAGUGGAGUUUGGCUCACCCUCCUCUACACCUACUUCAAGAUUUUCGUUGCUGCUAAAGCUGCUGAUUCAGCAGAUGGAAAUAUCAAAAAGGCCAGGAACACAAUCCUGCUUCAUGGCUUCCAGCUGCUGCUGAGCAUGUUAACAUUUGUGGCCCCCCUUUUUGAAUUAGCUUUGAUGAACUGGUUCCCUCAAUUUUACAUACACAUUCUCUUUGUUUGGUACAUCAUCACCCAGAUUGCUUCCAGGUUUGUAAGUCCAAUCGUGUAUGGGCUACGAGACAAGACAUUUAAACAGUACUUGAAAAAGUAUCUGUGCUGUACCACAAAAAAGGGAACACAGUGGUUUUCACUGCUGUUAAGUAUGCUCACUUUUGUAGCCCCUCUUUUAAAAAUAGCUUUCAUAAACUGGUUUCCCAAAAAUUUUUCAGAAGUACUCUUUGUUUGGUACAUCUUCAUUCAGAUCUUCCCCCGGUUUGUCAGUCCAAUCGUUUAUGGACUACGAGACAAAACACUUAAACAGUACUUGAGAAAGUAUAUGCUGUCAACAACCGUCAGUCGGGACCCCCAACACGUAGCAAUAAUCAAGAAUGUGGUUACUGUGGUCCUCUCGGCCUGCGUCAUCUACAUCAACGGCACGUUGCUGCACACCUUCAGAAAACAUCAGGUUUUCAACAUGAACCCGCGUUACAUCCUCUACAUCCAUCUGGUAAUCAACGACAUCAUCAUGCUGAUAUUGUUUGUGCUUCUUCAAGUCCUGAGUUACGUCUUGUUCACGCUGCACGUGUCUUUUUGCGUUGUGAUGCUGAUGAUUGCGAUCAUCUCCACUCUAAACAACCCCUUAACGCUCGCUGCCAUGGCGGUGGAGUGUUACCUGGCAGUCUGCUUUCCCCUCCACCACCCCCGGAUCUGUACCGUAAAGAAAACCUACAUCGUGAUCGCUGUGAUAUGGACUCUGACCUCUCUUGCGAUCGUCCCGGACCUGUUUGUGAUCUUAGCUGAAAAACCGAUGGAUUUUUUUACCUCCAGGCUCUUUUGCUUGCGGGCGGGUAUUUUUGCAAACCCUCAUCUUCAAACCAAGUACGAUGUGUCCAACAUCUUGUUCCUGGUCUUCGUCUGGGCCACCCUCUUCUACACGUACUUCAGGAUCCUUUUCGCUGCCCAGGCGGCUUCGGCCAACGCAAAGAAGGCAAGAAACACGGUUCUGCUGCAUGGCUUUCAGCUGCUGCUGUGCAUGCUGAGUUAUGUUCACAGCAUCUCCAUUCAAGGCCUGGCCACAUUUUUCCCCGACGACGUUCGAACUAUUCGAUACGUGAUUUCGAUCCUCAUCCAGAUUCUGCCCAGACUCAUCAGUCCAAUCGUUUAUGGCUUGCGAGACAAGAUCUUCAGAAAGCACUUGAGAAAUUAUUACAAAAUAAAUACCAGUUUCUUCAUCAGGGAUACCUACACGACGGCCUUUGUGAAGAACCUGAUUGUGGUUCUGGUCUGGCUCAUCCUCACUUACACCAACAGCACCUUGGUUGCCACCUUUUUUAGACACCAGACUUUCUACGAGGACCCGCGUUACAUCCUCUUCAUCCACAUGGUGAUCAAUGACGCCAUCCAGCUGACCGUCACCAUCACGCUGUUCGUCCUCAGCUACAUCUUCUACAGGAUCAACGUUGCCUUCUGCUGCUUCUUCAUCCUGGUGGCCGUCUUCACCACCAGAAACACGCCGGUCAACCUGGCCAGCAUGGCCAUCGAGCGCUACAUUUCCAUCUGUGAGCCUCUGCGGUACGGUGAGAUCUGCACCGUGAGGAGGACCUACAUGGUCAUCGGGCUGAUCUGGUUCAUUUGCGUGGCUCCGGACAUAACGGACCUGUUUGUGACGCUGGCCACCGAGUCCCCGAGCUUCUUUCACGAGUCCGUGUUCUGCCUGCGCCAGAACGUGUUCAAAGAACCCAUCCUGGCGUACAAAAGGCAAGCGUUUGACAUCAUCUACUUCUCCUGCGUGUUUCUGACCCUGGUCUUCACUUACUUGAAGAUCCUGUUUGCAGCCAGGGCGCUCUCAACGCAGAAAGCAUCAGCCCAGAAAGCCAGGAACACCAUCCUCCUCCACGGGGUCCAGCUGGCCAUGUGCAUGCUCUCCUACAUCUCCCCCAGCGUGGAGAUCGUCCUGCACAUUAUCUUUCCGGGGCGAAUCCUCGAGAUCAGAUACGCAAACUACCUGAUCGUCUACAUCCUGCCCCGCUUCCUGAGUCCAAUCAUCUACGGUGUCAGAGACAAGAAGUUCAGGAGGUACCUCAGGAUGCACCUCCUGAGCUUCAUGUGCAGGAACUCAAGGAAAGAAGUGGUCCCCGUCAGCAAAGACAAC